GGAGCAGCAGCACCUGCGGCCAACCAGAAAGACGAAGCGUAGCGGAGCCAGCCAGCCAACCAACUAACCAACGGACGGAAGAGGCAAGGCCCGCCGCGAAGCCGAGCCAAUCCGGCCGCGCUGCCCUACCCCCGCUCCGCCGCUCCUCUCCAGCCGUCUCGGGAUCCGCCCGCCCGCCCGGCGUGAUCUCGCCGCCUCGCCCGCGGUUGGGGCUCCGGCCGCACGCCCCAUGUGUCCCCGCGCGGAUCGCCGCGCGUAGAGGCCGCGUGGGAGGGAGCGCGGGGAGGGAGUUAAGUGCGGGAGGCCAGGGGAGGGUUGCCGUUUCCGCGGCGAGAUGGACGCGAGCGCCGGCUCCUUCGUCGCCGUCCGCCGGCUCUCCGGCUCCGACCGCGCCGCCGCCUUCCACCACUCCUCCUCGGGUGCCUCACCUCGCCUCCUGUUUGGUUAUUCGUUUGCUUGUUUUUUAUUUUCUUCUUCUUCUAGCUACUGUUGCUGCUCCUGCCUCGGGGACGAUGAUGCUAAUGGUCUGUGCUGUCCGUACGCCGGUGCUGCAGCGGAGGUGGUGACGGGGUCGUCGGCGUGGAUCGGGAGGGGGCUCUCCUGCGUCUGCGCGCAGAGGAGGGACAGCGAUGCGCGCCUCUCCUUCGAUUUGACGCCUACGCAGGAAGAAUGCCUGCAGAGGUUACAGAACAGAAUAGAAGUUCAGUAUGAUAGUUCAAACAGAGAGCAUCAGGAAGCAUUACAGGCUCUUUGGUGCGCUGCUUUUCCUGGAACCGAGCUUCGGGGUCUAAUAUCAGAACAAUGGAAAGAGAUGGGUUGGCAAGGGAAAGACCCAUCUACAGAUUUUAGAGGUGGAGGCUUCAUCUCCUUGGAGAAUCUGUUGUACUUUGCUAGGAACUUUCCGAAAUCUUUUCAGGAACUUCUUCGCAAGCAGAAUGGUGACCGUGCAAUCUGGGAGUAUCCAUUUGCUGUAGCUGGUGUAAAUAUAACCUUCAUGCUUAUACAGAUGCUUGAUCUCCAAGCAGUUAAACCGAGGUCAUUGUUCGGAGCAGUUUUCCUAAAGCUUCUUUCAGAAAAUGAUCAAGCAUUUGACAUUCUCUACUGCAUAACCUUCAAGUUGAUGGAUCAGCAAUGGCUUGACAUGCAUGCUACUUACAUGGACUUCAAUACGGUUAUGAAAUCAACACGACGUCAGCUAGAAAGGGAGCUGUUGAUCGAAGAUAUUCAGCGGAUUGAGGAUAUGCCGUCAUACAGGCUUCUGGCCCGGUAGCUAGAAGAAACUGAAAAUCUUAACAUGGCUACAUGUUGCAAGCCUUGAGUUGCUGAUGGAUUGCCACUGGCACCCACAGCCUGCGAGAAUCCUGGAAUGUAGAUGCAUCUGUAUCCCUGUGUUUAGGUACUGUGGUAACCUGAUCUCUGAAAUUUACAAGGUAGGGUUUUUCUUGGUGAUAGAAUGUCGCGUAGGGUAACUGAAGUGUCUGAUCAGCUGCCAUGGCAAAGUAUUUGUAGGGUGUGUUGUUACAAUCGGGUUGUUGCCCAUCAUACCACGAAAAGGGAGUGUUCCAGUUCCUAGAGUUUUCGAUGUAAACAGGAGGAUUUUGGGAAAGCUGAUCUGAGUUGUCUCCCAUUCGCAUAAAGAUAGAGGCUAGUUCUUCGAGUGCGCGUCAA